UCGACGAAGAAGAAGACCCGCGAUACACAAGCAAGAACCCGCAAUGUUAUUUCAAAGUAACAACAGAAUGUUUUUACUGAUAUGAACAGUUUUUAUACAUUAAUAUAAACGCAUCUAAGACAUAAUGCGUAACGUUACUUGCACAUAGACGCGUGUGAUGUUAUAACACGGCAGAAACAAUCAGAGAUUUAAAUGUUUAAUUCACACAAGCUAACGUUAGUUCGUCAUUUGUGAGGAAAGUCUUAAAAAAUGGAGGAGAUGGUGAUGGACUCGGAGUCAGCAGAAACAUCGGGACCUGCAUCACAACUAGGGGUAUCCGAUGCUUGGGAGACUGUCACUGCUGCUUUGAUGUCUCCUGGCUGCUCGGUGACGGAGCAGGACCUCUCUGAAUCAUUGGCCCUGCUGUGCAGUCAGGGUCUGGGCCGGCUGCUGGGUAGCUGGCUGCUGGAGACUCUACAGAUGCGUUUGUCCUCCUCUGUGGUUCCCGAGUUCUGGUCCGGACUCAAACAGCCGGAGAACGAGCUGGAGGAGAGAGGCAGGGCCUGGGUUCUCCUCACCGCCUUCCAGACUCUGUUGGGCCGGCUGGAACCUUUCCUGGGUGGUUUGGAGAGGCUGGGGACGUGGCAAGACGAGGGCCGUGGCAGUCUCUGUGGCCCGGGGCCAAAGGGCCUCCAGGAGCGGGCCUUCACCAUCAUCAGGGCCCUCCUCCUCUUCUCCCCCUCCCCUGUUCUCCAAGAGCGAGUGCUGGAGUUUUACAGCAGGACCUUCUCUGUCUAUAUGAACCAGGUGGGGGAGGCAGAAGACGGGGCCGAGGUUCCAGACGGCCCGGAGAGAGGGGUCUGUCGGGGAUGCGGGGUCCCGACACAGCAGUGCUGGUGUCAGGAGGCCCUGGAGCAACUGCAGGAGUUUAGCCACAUACUUUCCAAACUACAGUUGCUGGAGUGGGUCAGCUCCGAGGCCGUCACCUCCAUCCUCCACAGGCUCAUCGAGCAGCGAAUGGAGCAGCACUGCAGGGGAGAAUACGAACGCUCUUUCCUGCUGGAGUUCCAGAAGUGGCUGGAGCUGGUGCUGGGCUGGCUGAGCAAAGUGUUUGCAAGCGAAGCGGACGGAGACGGUCUGGUAUCUGCUCCCGGUGUUCCCAGCGUCCAGACGGGCCACGCCACCAGCUCCGUCCUGAAGCAGUGGAGAUGCCACAUGCACCAGUUCUUCUGCAGGAUCUACGUCAACAUGAGGAUCGAGGAGCUCUUCAGUAUUAUCAGAGAUUUCCCAGAAUCUAAAGCUGCCAUUGAAGAUCUGAAGUUUUGUCUGGAAAGAACCAACCAGAGACAGCAGCUCCUCACCUCACUCAAAUCUGCUUUUGAGAGCCGUCUGCUGCAUCCAGGAGUUCACACGUCUGACAUCCUCACGGUUUACAUCUCCGCCAUCAAGGCCCUCAGAGAGCUGGACCCAUCCAUGGUCAUCCUGCAGGUUGCCUGCCAACCAAUCCGCAAGUACCUGAGGACUCGGGAGGACACAGUGAGGCAGAUUGUAGCCGGCUUGACAGGAGACGCUGAGGGCUGCACAGACUUGGCCUCCGAGCUGUCCAGAGGAGACCCGGUGACUCUGGAGAUGCAGGACAGCGACGAAGAAGGCAACGACCCAGAGGACUGGACUCCAGACCCCACCGACGCCGUCCCCGAUAAGAUGGGCUCGAAGCGUCGAUCGUCGGACAUCAUCAGCCUGCUGGUCAGUAUCUACGGCAGCAAGGACAUCUUCAUAGAUGAAUACAGAGCCGUGCUGGCCGACAGACUGUUGCACCAACUCAACUACAACACUGCCAGGGAGAUUCGUAACGUGGAGCUGCUGAAGCUCAGGUUUGGGGAGUCUCACAUGCAUUACUGCGAGGUCAUGCUGAAGGACAUGGCGGACUCUCGGAGGAUCAACAGUAACAUCCGCGAGGAGGAAUCGAGGCUGAGCGAGGAGGAGCAGCCGCCGCUGUCGCUGUCGUCCAUCAUCCUGUCCUCUGAGUUCUGGCCUCCGCUGAAGGAGGAGAAGCUGGAACUCCCUCCGCUCGUCUGCCAGGCGAUGGAGGCCUACACGCACCGCUACGAGAAGCUCAAGGCCAUGAGGACGCUGAGCUGGAAGCCCCACCUGGGCUCAGUCACUCUGGACGUGGAGCUGGAGGACCGCACCCUCACCAAUCUCACCGUCUCGCCCAUCCACGCGGCCAUCAUCCUGCACUUCCAGGAAAAAAGUUCAUGGACGCUGGAGGAGCUGAGCGGGAAGCUGGGCGCCCCGAAGGAGCUGGUGCACAGGAAGCUGGCUCUGUGGCAGCAGCACGGCGUGCUGAGGGAGGAGGCGGGAGGGCGCUACUACGUGGUGGAGACGGGCUCGUCCAAAGAGAAGCUGGAGAGAGGCGUGAUGCUGAUCGACAGCGACGAGGAGAGGGACUCCAACACCACCACCCAGUCUGAGCAGAGGGAGGAGAAGCUGCAGUUGUUCUGGGCCUACAUCCAGGCCAUGCUCACCAACCUGGACAGCAUGACGCUGGAGCGCAUCCACUCCAUGCUCCGGAUGUUCGUCGCCACAGGACCCGUCGUCACGGAGAUGGAUGUGAACGAGCUGGAGGCCUUCCUGCAGAGGAAGGUCAGGGAGCAUCAGCUGAUCUUCUCCACAGGCGUCUACAGACUCCCCAAAUCCAACUGACGGAGGAGCGUGAGAGCGAACACAAGGGAGGACACGCUGAGGUGUGACGCUGCAUUCAUGUACUGUGGGAAAUCCUGUUCUCCUCCGCUUUUGGGAAAGAAUCCUACUAGAAAGGCUAAUUGUUGUUUUGCAGACUGACCCCGUUUUUCAGAUUAAUUUGGACGUCACACACAAGUAAGUAUCAGUAGCUGAAAGAAGGGGAUAACUCUGAUGUAACACUGAUGAAUUAUAAAUAUAAAAGCUCUUUAAAGUCC